AUGCCUCGCCCGCCCAAGAAGUCCGUAGAGGAAAAGGCCAAGGCGCUGCCCGUGGCCGUUGUGCCUCCUCCCACCAUGGUGCCCGCGCCCGUCGUCGCUGGCCUGCACCCAGCAGCAGUUCCCGGGCCUGUUCCCGGCGUGCCUCAGCGCGUGGUCGACAACGAUAGCUUCUUGCGCGUCCGUGACUCGGCCGUUGGCAGACUUACCACCAUUCUGGAGCUCUUGAGGUCAUUCACCAAUGACUACAUUCGCCAGACCAACCUGCUGCUUGGCGAGGGCACUGCAGAGGGUCCCCAGGGCGACCUUCUCAACACCUUUGAUGCUGCUGCCCAGCUCAUCAUGCCCAUCCCUGACAUGACCCCUCUUGUUGAGGAGAAGAAGGAGCGCAAGAAGCGCACCCACGACCCCAACGCCCCCAAGCGCCCCCUGACCCCCUACUUCCUCUACAUGCAGCAUGCUCGUUCCAUCAUUGCCAACGACCUGGGAGCUGAUGCCCCGAAGGGCGCCGUUCAAGAAGAGGGCCAGCGACGGUGGGCACACAUGACUCCCCAGGAGAAGCAGGGCUGGAACAAUGCUUACCAGUACAACCUGCGCCUGUACAAUGCCCGCGUUCAUUCUUACAAGAACGGAAACCCAAUUGCCAAGAACAUGACCGAUGAGGAGGCGCUUAAGUACGCCGAGGACUUCCACAUCCCCAUGCCAGAGCUCAAGGAGGCCACCGCCCAGGCUGAGCCCGUCAACGACCAAGAGGCCAUUGCCGAGCAGCUGCAGCAGGUUGCCGCCGCCGCCGAAGAGGGCGAGGAGGAGGAGACUCCUGCCAAGACCCCCAAGAAGCCCGCCUCCAGCCGCAAGCGCAAGACUGCCACUCCUGCUGCCGAGGUUGAGACACCAAAGGUCGCCCCGCCUGCCAGCCCGGAUAAGAAGCGGAGAAGGACGUCGGCCAAGGCGGCCGAGCCCGAGAAGGAGGAGCCCAAGAAGUCAGGACGCAAGAAGACUAAGAGCACUUGA